AUGUGCCAAUUCUGGAGCAAGAUGGCAGUGGGCGAGUAUCCCCUCGAGAUGAUCCCCGUGGACCAUGACCUCCUUGCACUCGACCUCCAUACCCUCUAUAAGGAUGUACACGUGGACUCAGACCCCACCUCCACUUUGCAAGUGGCGCGAGUGCUGGCUAAUUUCCAGGUCAUUUUCCUCGCCCUGUCUUCCGUGUUUGGCGUGCCACCAGUGCUGAAGGGCAAGGGCGUGGCAGCGCAGCGAGUGGCACAGGCCUUGAGUCAACUCAUGAAGGAACAGAAAUCCCACAUGGCACCGGUGGAGCAUCCAAGCGUGGACAUGAUGGUGCUGAUAGACCGACAGGUGGACAUGGUGACGCCAGCAUGCACUCAGCUCACAUACGAAGGGCUGCUCGAUGAGAUCCUGCACGUAGCAAACGGAGCAGUGAAGGUGGAUCCGGCACAAAUGGAGCAGUGGAGGUGGACCCGGCAGUCAUGGGGAAUUUCUUCUUUGCAAUGCUUUCCUCUGCCCUCUAAUGUUCGCCUCUCCUUCCCCUCUCCUUCCCCUCUCUCAUGUUCGCCUCUCCUUCCCCUCUCCUUCCCCUCUCUCAUGUUCGCCUCUCCUUCCCCUCUCCUUCCCCUCUCUCAUGUUCGCCUCUCCUUCCCCUCUCCUUCACCCACCCAGCUGCUGCACGUAGCAAACGGGGCAGUGGAGGUGGAUCCGGCAGUCAUGGGGGUGAAGUCUAACGCCAGGAAGAUCAAAGUGCCUCUCAACUCCAAUGACAAGCUGUUUCAGGACCUUAGAGGCCGCAACUUUGGAUCAGCAGCAGAGCUGCUGCGAGCCAAGGCAGUGGAGAUGAAGUCAGAGUAUGCCAACUUCAGGCAGAGGCCGCAGAGAGACGCAUCGCCACUGCGCUCCGCUGCUCCGGGUGACCAAGCAGCUGCAUCUGCUGCUGGCGUUGGCGGGGGAGAGCAGACAGUGCCCUGGGUGAUGGACUUUGCCAAGAAACGUUGUCCUCCUCUUUUCCUCGUUCACUCUUUCCCUCUCUCCUUUUUUGUGUCUCACCACCUGCUGCACCUGUUGCUCUCACAAGCGUCACACAAACCUAGCAGGGCACAUAUCGCAGGUGACCAACAGGUGACCAACCGGCCUGCCUUUGGCGCUCUGAUCUCCACGGAGCAGGCCAUUCUUGAAGCACGGUCCAUCGACUCGUACGUGCAUGACUCGUGUGGCGCUCCAUCCAGUGCACAUGCUCCAUCGUGUGUGGUGCUGGUGCUGAGCCACGCCCCUAUUGACGCGCCUCACAGCAUGGUGCUCUGUCUCCUCUGCCUGCUUUCCCUCACCAUCUGCUCAGCUGUGGAUACAUGGAGAAACGUGGGGAUGAAUGGGGACAUAAUGGUGGGGACACGUGGGGAUACAUGGGGACACGUGGGGAUACAUGGGGACACGUGGGGAUGCAUGGAGACACAUGAUAAAACAUGGGGAUAUGAGGUGGGAACACGUGGGGACACAUGGGGAUAUGAGGUGGGAACACGUGGGGACACGUGGGGAUAUGAGGUGGGAACACGUGGGAACACGUGGGGAUAUGAGGUGGGAACACGUGGGGACACAUGGGGAUAUGAGGUGGGAACACGUGGGGACACAUGGGGAUAUGAGGUGGGAACACGUGGGGACACAUGGGGAUAUGAGGUGGGAACACGUGGGGACACAUGGGGAUAUGAGGUGGGAACACGUGGGGACACAUGGGGAUAUGAGGUGGGAACACGUGGGGACACAUGGGGAUAUGAGGUGGGAACACGUGGGGACACAUGGGGAUAUGAGGUGGGAACACGUGGGGACACAUGGGGAUAUGAGGUGGGAACACGUGGGGACACAUGGGGAUAUGAGGUGGGAACACGUGGGGACACAUGGGGAUAUGAGGUGGGAACACGUGGGGACACAUGGGGAUAUGAGGUGGGAACACGUGGGGACACAUGGGGAUAUGAGGUGGGAACACGUGGGGACACAUGGGGAUAUGAGGUGGGAACACGUGGGGACACAUGGGGAUAUGAGGUGGGAACACGUGGGGACACAUGGGGAUAUGAGGUGGGAACACGUGGGGACACAUGGGGAUAUGAGGUGGGAACACGUGGGGACACAUGGGGAUAUGAGGUGGGAACACGUGGGGACACAUGGGGAUAUGAGGUGGGAACACGUGGGGACACAUGGGGAUAUGAGGUGGGAACACGUGGGGACACAUGGGGAUAUGAGGUGGGAACACGUGGGGACACAUGGGGAUAUGAGGUGGGAACACGUGGGGACACAUGGGGAUAUGAGGUGGGAACACGUGGGGACACAUGGGGAUAUGAGGUGGGAACACGUGGGGACACAUGGGGAUAUGAGGUGGGAACACGUGGGGACACGUGGGUGGAGCUGCUCUUAAGCAUGCUACUGGGGCUGCUGGUGCCAAGUGGCUGA